AUGGACUUCUCUGGGAUGGAGCUGGACGAGGCCCUGCGCAAGUUCCAGUCCCACAUUCGGGUGCAGGGGGAGGCCCAGAAGGUCGAGCGCUUGAUCGAGGCCUUCAGCCAGCGCUACUGCGUGUGUAACGCGGCCCUGCUGCGCCAGUUCCGCAAUCCGGACACCAUCUUCAUCCUGGCCUUCGCCAUCAUCCUCCUCAACACCGACAUGUACAGCCCCAGCGUCAAGGCCGAGCGCAAGAUGAAGCUGGAGGACUUCAUCAAGAACCUCCGAGGGGUGGACAACGGGGAGGACAUCCCCCGGGACAUGCUGGUGGGCAUCUACCAGCGCAUCCAGAGCCGGGAGCUGCGCACCAACGACGACCACGUCUCCCAGGUCCAGGCCGUCGAGCGCAUGAUCGUCGGCAAGAAGCCGGUGCUGUCCCUGCCCCACCGGCGCCUGGUGUGCUGCUGCCAGCUCUACGAGGUCCCCGACCCCAACCGGCCCCAGCGCCUGGGGCUGCACCAGCGCGAGGUCUUCCUCUUCAACGACCUGCUGGUGGUGACGAAGAUCUUCCAGAAGAAGAAGAUCCUGGUGACCUACAGCUUCCGCCAGAGCUUCCCCCUCGUUGAGAUGCACAUGCAGCUCUUCCAGAACGCCUGUGAGCCCCGCGGCGCCCCACGGCACCCCGUGGCAUGUCCCCCUGCCCCACAGCACCUCCGCGGGAUGCUCCCCUGCCCCUACGUCCCCCGGGGUCCACCACCAGAUGACCCUUUGCUCCAUGGGAUCCACCACGGCGUGUCCCCCACCGGAUGUCCCGUGGUGUUCACC